AUUAAGUUGAUUUCUUCCUACUUUCAUUUUCUGACAAUGCCUGGUUUGUGUCCUCAUUGUUCUACAACUGUUUAUUUUAAUGAACAGAAGAUUGCAAUUGGAAAAACUUGGCAUAUUUGAUGCUUUUGUUGUGCAAACAAGCAAUGCAAUCGACGUCUUGACAGCAGUAAUUUGACUGAACAUGAAGGAGAAAUUUAUUGUCGCUCCUGCUAUGGAAAACUCUUUGGACCCAAAGGAUAUGGUUAUGGUGGAGGUGCUGGCAUUUUGUCUAUGGAUACAGGAGAUGGUUACAAGCAUGGUCCUCCAAUUUGUAAUAUUCCAGCUACAGCACAAGCUCAUAUUGCUCCAUUAUAUGCACUUCCUGAAUCUAAAAUUUCAAUAAAGACAGGGUGGAAAAAUAAGGAUGUCUGUCCUCGUUGUGGAAAAGCUGUUUAUAUGGCAGAGAAAAUGAUGGGUGGUGGAGCAGCAUGGCACAAAUCAACUUGUUUCAAUUGCAAAGAAUGUCAUAAAAGAUUAGAAUCAACAACUCUUUGUGAAAGAGAAGGUGAAAUAUAUUGUAAAACCUGUUAUGGAAAGAUGCUUGGACCAAAAGGAUAUGGCUAUGGCCAAGGAGCAGGAACACUGCAAAUGUCAUAAGAUAUAAUAUUUUUCAAUUUUGCCUAUUUGCUAAUUUUGAAUAAUUCUAAUUCCAUACAGUGCCAUUUUUUUGUAUUAUUUAAGAUGUCUCAGGUAAUUAUGGGACCAAUUAACAUUUUUUAUUAUUAUUGGCAGCUAAAACUUAGAGUAAGAAAUUUAUAUAUUUGUGAAACUUGAUUUAUGAAAGUUCUUUUAUGAAUUCAGUAAAACUCAUGAAUUUAAAGAAAAUAAAACUAAGAAAUGUUAACUAACUGUAGAAAGUAUUCAUUAAAUAUUUAUAAACUAUGUGUUAAGGAAAAAAUUUUUAUUUGUAUAAGGGAGCAAGUUUUAUUUUGUAAUAAGAGAAUACAAUUAUUUAU